GCCGUCAUAUGAGUGUGUACUGUAAUUGUGACAAACGGGCUUACAUAAUGACUCAGCUCUUCCGGGAAUAAACCACAUAAAGCGGCUGUGACGGACUGGUCGUAUCUCUUUUCCACGUCACAACAUGGUUUCUAAAAAUACCUACCGUGGUGAAAUCUUUACAUAGAAAGAAUGACGAGAGAUUGUUUCUUCCGCUCCGGAGUAAUCUACAUGACGUGAGGGGUAAAAGGAGUAUACGAAAACUUGAUGCAAAAUGUUUGGCUAUGUGGUGUUGAUGGCUUCAACGGGGAUUCUAUGCAUUGGAGCUGUGACGGCAUACUCUGGAUACCCGGUUCGUCUGGUCGGGGGAGCUACCAGCUCUGAGGGUCGCGUGGAGGUACUCGUCGACGGCACCUGGGGAACCGUAUGCGACGAUGGCUGGGGCUUAUCUGAGGCGAUGGUCGUCUGUCGUCAGCUGAAUUUCAGCGGGGCAAUGUCGGCGCCCGGAUCAGCUGACUUUGGUCAAGGUACCGGAGCCAUCGUCAUGGAUGACGUCGAAUGCACAGGGUCGGAGAGCUACCUGAGUUCGUGCUAUUUCACGAGGAACCAUAAUUGUGAUCACAGCGAGGACGCAGGGGUAAUUUGCAAUGGACAGCUAGAAACACAAUCCGGAACUCUACGCCUAGUUGGAGAUGUAAACAAUGAAGGUCGAGUUGAGGUGUACCAUAACGGUGCGUGGGGAACUAUAUGCGAUGACGACUGGGACAUUGACGACGCCAACGUGGUCUGCAAUCAGCUUGGGUUCAACGGGGCGUCGUCAGCAGAGUCCAAUGCCCGCUUCGGCAACGGGAGCGGCCCCAUCCUCCUGGAUAACGUGGAUUGUGCGGGUGAUGAGUCCCGACUGGUCGAUUGUGGCCACAACGGCUGGCUGGUGCACAACUGCACCCACCAAGAUGAUGCUGGUGCAAGAUGCAAUGAACGAGGAUCGAAUACUCAAUGGUACAUUGCCGGUGUUGCUGGAGCUGUUGUUGUCGUUAUGAUCGCAGGCCACAAAAAGAAGAAGAAGCCUGACAACCAGAUGGCAGCAGGUGUAACCACUCAUGUCUCGACGGCCUCCCUUUCAUUAAAUCCUGCCCCUCCUUCCAUUCAAAUCCUAUCACCGGCAUCUCCACAGCUAACUCCACCUUCCAAUGAACAGGCAGGCGACGUUGGCCGUCGGAGUGCAUCGGUACCAGCACUCAGUGCUUCUGUUUGGGAGUCAGACGGUGGACGGUCGCCGUCCCACGACUAUUCCAACUGGCGUACCACGGCCGAUUCAGCGCAAGGAGACGUCUACGAAGUCGAAGACUCGCAGUCACCGUCCUACUCAGCCAAUUUACCGCCGCCACCAUCUUACGCCGAAAACAUGGAUCCAACGCGAGGAAAUCUUUAUAUAGUUGCAGACUCACUGUCACAGGCCGACACGGAUAACUUACCGCCGCCUCCUUCAUACGAGGCCGUCACUGAAGGGAAUUACCAGAGCUCUUUUCACUUUUAAGACACUUAAAAAAAAUACCUACAUGUAACCACUUUUUGUGGAGUAAGUUCAUUGACGGAUGGGACGAUUUUGUUGGAACAAAUGCAUGUACAAUAUAGUUAUGCAUUUCAGAGACAACCUUGCAAACUGUCCCAUUAAUAGGGAUUACGAGAUGAGGUGUUGAAGGUGUUGGGAAAGAGGGCGCCCAGAACCCCAAGCCAUCAAUCCACCUUGUCUGGCUAAACGCACAAGCUGCACGCUUGAUCGUUUUUAAAAGGGACUAGUGUGACAUGUCAUUUUUCACGGGGUCGCAUGUAUGUUUUUCUUAUUCCCUAAAUCUAUCCUAUUCAAUGUACAAUUUAAUCUGUUCAAUGGGGUGGUGCCAGAAUAUUUCGCGUUCCAUGCCUCACUAUCAUUUUUUGGAUGUUGCUUAAAACGACUAGACAUAAUUUCUGACAUAUUUCUUUAUUAUUCUGAAGAAAACCUGGCGUGAAUUUUAUGACCUUUUAUUUUGUCGGUUGCCAAAAUGAAAAGUUUUAGUGGACUUUUAAUUCAAGAUGGCCGACACCCCGAAGACCGUCUGUUGCAUUAGAAUAAUCAUUCUUUAUCCUCCCCGGAUGUUUAAAAGCAUACAUAUGUAUUUGAUUGGUUUUAUCUGUUUUAGAACGGCAGUAUAGUGUGUGACUCUAAAUACUGUAAAUAUGAAUGUACUUGUAAACUGUAAGUUAACGGCUAAUUGAAGAUAAACUUAGUAUCAUGAAAAUUUUAUAGAGAUUUUAUUGUUAAAAUAGCAGAGGGGAUGGGGGAUCGACAAUGGAAUUAUUAAAAUAAUCAAUUCGCUUUGUUAAAUGUUGUUAGAACAACAACAUUAAAUUAAAACAGAUGCAUAAGUGACCCUCAAGUUUAAUGCAAUUCCUUGGAAACAAUCAACAAGUGCUUCUAAAAAGAAUGUCACAAAGUGUGAAACGUGUAAUAAUUCUCCUAAUUGGAUCUAUUUCAUUAAUGCUUGCUUUGCUUUUAAAGGAAGUCUUGCGACAAUGCUAUUUGAUGGCAUCUUAUCAUUUCACGCAGAGAAACUAUAUUGGUGGAAUGAUCGAUGCGAUGGUUUGUGCGCACGUACUUGACAGAAGAAUAGUUAUAUUAAUCGACUGAGAGUUUAGGGAUAUAUAUAUUUUGACAAUAUUUGACUUGUGUUCUAAAAUGGACAGUCGAGCAAGUAAUGUCCUUUUUGUAACCCUUUCUGGCAUUAAAGGUGCGGCCAAUGAGGCACAGAG